GCAUUUUUUCUUAAUUGUAAUUUUUAAAAGUUUUACGUCCAUUACAGUGUUCAAUUUGGUAAAGAGUAAGCACAAAAAGGUCUCAAACUGGCGGAGAAAAAAGUACAGAUGGCAUUAUGCCAAACAUCAGUGCUGAAAGUGUAUCAUGCCGUCAUUGAGGAUGUCAUUAACAAUGUGCGCGAUGCCUUUCUGGAUGAGGGCGUCGACGAGCAGGUGCUGCAGGAGAUGAAACAGAUAUGGCGCAAUAAGCUAUUAGCAAGUAAGGCGGUUGAAUUGAAUCCCGAACCCGGCGAGCCAGGCCACCACCCACCGCCCAUUGUGGCCAACAAUCCAAAGAGCUCCAAGGCUGCAAAUGCCAAGGCCAAAAAGGCCGCCGCCGCUGCGGCUGCCUCACAGCAAAGCAACGGUGGUGGCUCCACCGCCGGCAGCAUCAACAGCAGCACAGACAGCAAUAAGCUGGUAUCGCCAUCGAUUGCAGGCAAAUCAGGAAAUGCCGUUGCCGCAGCUGGCAGCGGUAUGAAGAAUGGUAUUGGUGCCAUUAAACAGGAGGUCACAUCACAGAAUCCACCGCCUCUGCAUCCCACAGGUGGUGCGACAAUGUUGCAGAAGCAGCAAGCAGCGGCUGGAGGUGGUGGCUCGACAUCCAGCGGGCAGACGCCCAUCCCAAUUGUCGCCCAAUUAGAUCCCAAUCGCAUUAUGCCUGUUAAUAUAACGUUGCCUUCGCCACCGGGCUCAACAAAUCCGGAAUCUCGUGUGCUCACCAUACAGGUGCCGGCAUCCGCACUGCAGGAGAAUCAGCUUACCCAGAUAUUGACCGCUCAUCUCAUUUCAUCGAUUAUGUCAUUGCCUACCACGUUAGCCUCAUCCGUGCUGCAACAGCACGUGAAUGCCGCGCUCAGCAAUGCCAAUCAUCAGAAAAAUUUGGCUAUUGCCAAGCAACUAGACGGCGCCUUAGACUCCUCAGAGGAGGAUGAGAGCGAGGAGAGUGACGACAACAUAGACAAUGAUGAUGAUGAUGAUCUAGACAAAGAUGAUGACGAUGAUGCGGAGCACGAGGACGCUGCCGAAGAAGAGCCGUUGAAUAGCGAGGAUGAUGUCACUGACGAGGAUUCGGCUGAAGUGUUUGACACAGAUAACGUUAUUGUGUGCCAGUAUGAUAAAAUCACACGCUCGCGCAACAAAUGGAAAUUCUAUCUCAAGGAUGGCAUUAUGAAUAUGCGCGGCAAAGAUUACGUAUUUCAGAAAUCUAACGGCGAUGCCGAAUGGUAAUCGACCAGGACCGACAACAAGCAUAGUGUGAAAAUCCAUCAGAUAACAAUUAUCAAAACUAACAAACAAAUAAAAGACAAACGAAAUGCCUCACAGUGCGCCUUUAAAUACGUAAAUAGCACCCCCAAUCCACACACAAAUUCAUGCAUACAUACAAACACACCCAAACACACACACAAAUAUAUUUAUAUAAAUAUAUAAAUAUAUCCAUACACGUACAUACACCUCAUGACCAAACGAUGUCCAACAAAGGCAGCUAAAGUGCAAUGCCCUUUAACCACGUUGCCAGGCCGGGCAUAUAAAAUUGUAUCUAAUAUUAGUUUCGACUAUUUGUAUUGAUUGCGUCAAGUUGAGUUGUGUUUCAUUUAAACAAUUUGUAAUCGUAAUAUCUAUGUAUUAAUUACACUGCUCCGCAUAUUAUUGUCAAUAAAAUGAAACUUUGUAAGGAAACAAUUACUAGGAUUUGCAUAAGGACCAUUACGAUAUAUAAAUGUAUGUAAUAAGAAGACACACCGACGCAGCACUUAGAUUGUUCGAUUUUAUGAUGGAUGUGUCAAAUUAAAAAAAAA